UCCCGGUCCACUGACUGGAGCUAAUAUAUGUACUAGCUCGCCCAACUCCAUCCACGCGCUGUGCAACGUUUCCGAGUCAACGGAGGGAACAUCCCAUGGUGAUCGCAGUUCAACUCCCAUUGUCCUUGAAUCUCCUCGAAACCCUUUCCGUUUUUCGCAUUUACUGAACCAACACUUGCAGACCGUAGUAUCAACAAUGAUCGUAGCAAUACACCUAUCAUGGAGAUUUCAGGUACAAUUUAAAUGUGACCGAGUGUACAGUGGAUCAUACUUUGUCAAGUUCUAUACAGCCUAUACUCAGCACCAAGUCCGAGUUCAGGGUUGUCUGAGCGAACGACUUGUUGGAGAGCUGACUGUGUGAUCAACUCUCAUGAGGAAGGGCAGCCUCAAGCUGAGAUGGAGGGACACUGAGGAACAAAAACGAUGCGAGGAGCGACUGAAAUUGGAGACGAAGCAGAUGCAGCGAGAGGAGGAAGAGCGGCAACGACGAGAGGAGGAGCGUAGAAGAGUCGAAGAACUGCGCAAGGCAGAAGCCAGAUGUAAAUAUGAAGAGGGUAGGAUUGGGCGCAAGGAGGAUGCUCAUCGAAGGGCCAAAGAGGUACAUCAGAAGCGCAAAGAGGAAUUAUGUCGGACGCUUGAAGAGGAGCGGAUGAGGAGGAAGAAGCACGCUGAAAAAGGGAAGAAGAGAUUCGUCACAAGGAGGCUGCCGAUGCUGCUUUCACUCGCGCUCAAUUUGAAGCAGAAUAAGCCGAGCAUCGCAGAGGGAAAGAAGAUCUUGCUUUUGUGUGGCGUGCACAGGAGGAGAGCGAGCGAGAGCAAAGAGUCGCUGAGGAACGGUAACGGCAAGAAGAAUUAAGCCGCGAACUUGCCUAUCGUGAGCAGGCACUUGAGGAGCAUAGGAGGCGGGUGGAGGAGACGGACAGGGAAAUGGCUAGGAGAUUGGAUACGGAACUGAACCUUGGGACGGAGGGUGGCGGUGUGAGUUCUCGGAGACCGUCUAUAGCCAGAGCUCCCUUCUCACAGAAGAGCGGUUAGUCCUAGGACGCCUAAUGUCUAUGGAGGGUGGUAGGUGAAUCCCAAUAUUUCCGAUGCGAGUGGAGA